GAUCCUCGGUGGCUAACAUUAGCAUGCUAAUGGACGCUCCGCUGUAACAUGGCGGCGCUGAUCAGGAGCCUGCGGGCCGUGCGGAGCCUGCGGGGGCUCGGCAGCGCAGUAGUUGGUCAGACAUGCCCCACUCCCCAUUACAACGGUUUGAGACGUGGUUUUCAUCGGGCCGCCCUACUGCGGCUUGCUGAUAACCCAAAGAGUGACUCGACCGUCCCACCACCAUCCCACCAUGAGCACUACCAGGCCCAGGAAUCUGGAGGGACCUCGUCGUCUUCCUCCGCUGGGCAAGCUUCAGCAUCUGACCCGGGCACUCAGCAUGAGGACCCCCAGCCUAACACCAGUGUGUGCAUAUAAUAUAUUUCUCAGUUAUCAGGAUCAGAGCGGAGAACAGUCAGAGGAUUACGAGACUGAGGAGCAGCUCCAGGCUCGAAUCCUCACUGCUGCACUUGAGUUUGUCCCUCAGCACGGCUGGACUGUAGAUGCCAUUGCUGCUGGAGCAGAGACCCUUGGCCUGUCAGCUGCUUCUGCCGGUAUGUUCGAUAAUGGUGCUGGAGACUUGGUGCUUCAUUUCGUAGGCCAGUGCAAUGCAGAGCUUGCCGAUAUUCUAGCAGAGCAACAUAAUGAAGUUCAGCUUGGCCAAGCAGAAAAGAAGAAGACAGCCGAGUUCCUCAAAGAUGCGGUGGAGACUCGACUAAGGAUGCUUAUUCCAUAUAUAGACACAUGGCCGCAGGCGAUGAGUAUACUACUACUCCCUCACAACAUCCCAGAAAGUCUGAAGCACCUUUCUACUCUUGUGGAUGACAUUUGGUACUACGCAGGAGAUCGCUCUACAGAUCUGAACUGGUACACCCGACGAGCAACACUAACCGGCAUCUACAACACCACAGAGCUGGUGAUGGUGCAAGACUCCUCCCCUGACUUCGAAGAUACCUGGACCUUCCUUGACAACCGUAUCAAGGAUGUGGUUAACAUGGCUAAUGCUGCCAAACAGUUGAAGUCGACUGGAGAGGCUGUAGCUCAGGGGCUGCUGGGAGCUGCAGUUACGCUGAAGAACAUCACAGGGAUGAACCAGAGACGAUGAAGCAUUUUUAUAUUCUCUCAAAUCACUAUUCACAACACAUCAUGAAUACCAGACACUCUGAUGACAUGCUCUUUCGUGAAGACAGCUUAAGUGUCUUUUUUUGCCAUGAUUUAAAAUGAUGUUUGGACCAGGGGACAGUUUCUUGAUAUUCUUUAUGUCCUUAAGUCACUUUAAUGGGGUGACUGUGCCAUAGCUUUCAGUCAUGUCUGCCUCUUUUCCAGCAGAGAUGCAUAUCCACCUUCUAAAAAUAUCUGCUACCCUGCAGCUCUAAACUACCCAAUUGUAGUCUUUUGUAGAUGAUGUUGAUUCUGUGGGUUUGUACAUAUUCAACAGAUUUUUGAAUUCAUACAGCAGUGUAGUCUCCCCAUUAUCCUGCCAUGACGUUAAGGCCCUGUAUUAAUCUUGUAUAAGCAGAAUAAAUAUGCAUUAUACUUUAAAAAGAUUUUGUUAGACCUAUUGUGAGUUGUGUCAAAAUAAAGUAUUAAGACAUUUA